AUGACAUCAGUUAAGUUACAAAACGUUCAAUCACCAAAGAAAGAAAGUACCACAACUACAACCACAGAUGUUUUAUCAUCGCCAGAAGGUUCAAGAAACUCAAAUGAUUCAAUACACUCAGAAGACUCUGAAGAUUCAUUUUUGAGGGAUCUGGAAAGAGAUCAAGUUCAUCGUGAUAGUACACCAGAUCUAGCUAAUCCUGCUAUAAAUCAAGGACAGAAAACUUUUAAAUUGGAUAAGAACUCAAGGUAUGCAUUAAUUGCUGUAUGGAUUGGUAAUUUCUUAUGUGCUCUAGAUGGUACAAUUGUCUCCACUACAAUGUCAAAUAUUGCAAGUGAUUUUGGUCAGUCAAAUUUAGUUUCAUGGAUUGCUGUUUCUUAUUUAUUAACUUCAACAUCUUUUCAGCCUUUAUAUGGUAAGACAUCAGAUAUUAUUGGAAGAAAAACUUUGUUAAUCAUUGCACAGGCAUUAUUUGGCUUAGGGAUAUUAUUAUCUGGUAUUUCUACCAAUGUUGAAACAUUAAGUUUAUCCCGUGCGCUUAGUGGGAUUGGUGGUUCUGGAAUGAUGACAUUAACUUCAAUAAUUAUUAGUGAUGUUGUUCCAUUAAGUCAAAGACCUAUGUAUUCAGCUUAUGGAUCAGUUGUUGAUAAUACUUCCAAGAUGCUUGGUGGUCCAUUAGGUGGUCUUUGUAUUGCAACUAUUGGAUGGAGAUGGAUGUUCUUGAGUCAAGUUCCAUUGGUAUUGAUUUGUAUUGGGAUUACCUCAUUUGUUGAAAUAAAAGUUGAUCAUAUACCUGAAGGACCUGAAAGAUUCUCGAAAAAAAAUUUGAAAAGAAUUGAUCUUGGUGGGAUUAUAACUUCAAACUUUCUUGUUUCAAGUAUAAUCUUCUUAGUAUCAGAUGAUGGUGGAUAUCCAACAUAUUUUAAAAAUAUUUUAUAUAUUACAUUAUUCUCCUCGAUAAUUGGAUACAUCUAUGUGGAAAGAUACAUUGCAGUUGAAACAUUAAUUGAACCAAAGCUUGUUAAUGGACAAAUUGGUAUUUUGGGUCUGGUUAAUGGUGUUCAAUCUUUAUUGUUUUACUUUGUCUUAUUCAUGACUCCUUUGUAUUUACAAUUGAUUCAGCAUAUCAAUGUUACCCAAAUUGGAUUCUAUACAAUGUUUUGUGUUGUAUCCACAGCUGUGGGUAGUGUGUUAACAGGAUUGUUAUUGAAAAGAUAUAAUAGCUCAGAAGAAUCUAUUAUAAAAGCUGGAAUUUGGCUUAAUUUAAUCACAUUUAUUGGACAAAUUGGUGGAUUUACUAUUUUAUAUUUGGUGAAUGAAUAUGUUCCACCAAUUGAAGAAAGAUUUUAUUGGAAACUAUUGCUAAUUAUUGGUUUGAUCAUUUCAGGUUUAGGCGUUGGAGCAUCAGGACCAGGAUGUUCAAUUUUUGUAUUUGGUAAAGCAGGUAGAAAAGAUCAAGCAAGUGCAUUUACGGUUAUAAAUGUUAUAAAAUCGUUAGGUAACGUUUUGGGAAUUUCAUUAUCACUUUCAGUGUAUACCAGAGAGUUGUUCAAGAGGUUAUAUGGCUUUUUAGGUAAAGAUCAAUCAGAAUUGGUGAAGAAAUUGAUCAAAGAUUCAAGUUACAUCUAUAAUGGACUUGACCAACAAUAUUUAAAAGAGGUUCUCGGAAUAUAUAGAGUUUCAUUGGUCACAGCAUAUCAUCCAAUCUUCAUAUUAUCUUUAUUAGCUUUGAUUAUUAUGUUUUUACUUAAUAGAAGUGUUCAAAAAUGCCUCAAGAUAAUAUUAGGAUAG